UUCAUUUUGGUCCGAACCCAUUGAGAUUUGAGAGUCUUUCUCUCCUCUCUUUUCCUCUCCGUACGUGUUUUCUUCACAAGAACUAUGGAGCUGGGUUUGAGCUUAGGUGAGGCACCAAAACCGUUUGGUUUCCUAGAAAAACCUCGUGACCAGGUAAUCAACAACAGCAACAACAAUAACAACAAAGGUUCAGGGUUUUGCAUGGCCUUAUCGAUCGGUCCGUGUUCAAGUACUGGUAAGGAAAAUGAUCAGAACCAAGCAGAUGAACAAGGAAAAGAAAGACAGCACCAGAGAGAUGAUGCAGAGGUUGAAAACGGUCCAAGUGUUUCCACUGGUUCUCCUCCAGUUCAGCUUGAUCUUCUUCCUCGCACCCCAGUUCCGCGUAGCCAUGGAUUCCCUUGGAUUUCUUCUGAAAACGGUUGUUCAGAAGCUGGUGUUGGAUUGGAUGUGAAUAGGGUACCGGCGGCGGUGGUGGUGCCGGCGGCAGAGGACGCCGAUGAAGGGGCUACGGCGGUGUCGUCUUCACCGAACUCCAACAGUGGGGGUUCAUCGUUUCAGAUGGAUAUAUGCUUGUAUAAUUACAGGAAUAAUGGAGGGAAUAACUACAAGAGAGAUCACUCUGAAGGUGAGGCAGAGAGGGCUUCUUCAAGAGCAAGUGAUGACGAUGAUGCUAAUGGAAGCACAAGGAAGAAGCUCAGGCUGUCUAAGGAACAAUCUGCUUUUCUUGAAGAAAGCUUCAAGGAACACAAUACCCUUAAUCCCAAGCAAAAACUAGCACUUGCUAAACAGCUUAAUCUUCGUCCUCGCCAAGUAGAAGUUUGGUUUCAGAACAGAAGAGCAAGGACAAAAUUGAAGCAAACAGAGGUGGACUGUGAGUAUUUGAAGAGAUGUUGUGAAACAUUGACAGAAGAAAACCGAAGGUUACACAAAGAGUUGCAAGAGUUGAGGGCUUUGAAGACUUCCAACCCAUUUUACAUGCAAUUACCAGCCACAACCCUCACCAUGUGCCCCUCCUGUGAGCGAGUAGCCACCACCACCACUAACUCAACGGCCACCCCCACCCCCACCAUCUCCACCACAAAUUCCAACGCCAAUGACUCAAAACCAGUGGGUUUUCCCAUUAAUAAGCAGCCAAGGUUCUAUCCAUUUUCUCAUACCCAAAACCAUCCCCACAAAUCUUCUGCAGCUUCUUGAAAGAGAGAUUUGUCAAAUAUAAUAAUAUACAUGGAGGAGAAGCAUCCAAAGCUCGUUUUGGUGUUUUGUAUAUAAACAAAAGCGUUUUUAAGAAAGUUGAUCAAAUAGGUUUUUGUUGAUUUGUUCAUGGGGUUGUUUUUCAUGUUUAUGGGGGAUUAUAGAAUUUGGUUGUCUUAUUGUUAUUUUAUUUUAUUUUUUCCUUCUCCAUCCCCAUCUGGUUAUUUCUUUCUGAUGAAUUUUGUGUCUGGUAGAAUCAGAGAGAAAAUAGUUUAGUGGAGAGUUCCUCUUUUUUGCCUAAUUUCUUACCCACCACCACCCCUUCUUUUUAUUGGGAAAAAAGAAUUUACAAGGAAAAUUUAUUUUUGUCUAUGGAAUUUUUAUUUGUUGUUAUGAUAUAUACUCAUAUAAUGAUAUUGAUUUUGUUGGGUAUA